AUGGACUUGCAAGCCUUUAUUCUAUGCGGUAAAGGAGCUAAACUUUCGCCAUUCACGCUCGCACGCGGCGAUUCGGGCCUUUCCAAGGCACUUUUGCCCAUUGCAAACAGACAUAUGAUAGAAUACGUUUUGGAUUGGUGUGAACAAGCGAAUUUUUCGGAAGUGGUUGUUGUAGCAGGAGCGGAAGAUUCUGCACAGAUCCAAGAUGCUUUGAAAAGAUACCAGGAGAUUCGGGAAGGCCAAAUGGCGUUACUUGCUCGGCAUGGAUCCAAUGCCACGACAGGUUGUGGUACACCUUUGGAGCCAGUUCCAAUCAAGUUCAUGACCGCUAAACACGACCAGACAGGUGCCAUUUUGCAAAGAGAGCUUCUUCCUCGUAUCAAGGGCGACUUUGUGCUUUUGCCCUGCGAUUUCGUCACAGAAAUACCACCACAGAUCUUUGUCGACCAGUUCCGCAAUAAGGACCCUGAUAACCUGGCAAUGGCUGUCAGAUACCGCAACACAUUUGACUCAUUUGACAAGAAACAGUUGGAUUUGUCCUAUACUAUCUACUCUGAAAAUGAGAACUCUAUCAAGCAGCCUGUGCUUCUAGACGCCUAUUCUCAGGAAGACGUGGAAAGAUCUAAAUACCUACAGACACGGUCCCAUUUGCUAUGGCGUUAUCCCAAUACAUCUGUAUCCAAAAAGCUUUUGGACGCAUCCGUGUAUUUUUGCUCGUAUGAGCUCGUAGAGCUUUUAAAACCGGCCGAAUUAUCAACUGCUAUAUCUGAAACCGAGUCUGACAACGACGACGAUACUCUUGGUCCAAAGCACGCAGAUGAUUUGGUGCAACCCAUCAGAUUCCGAGCUAAAUGCAAGCUCAUCAAAGAUGCUAUCAAUUGCAAUAAACCGAUCUACAAAAUCUUCAGAGAUCUGGCCAGACGGUCAUGGCAGCAUUCCACGCCUCGAGAAACCAUCGGUCUUUUUAUCCUUCCCAGCUUGGGGCUCUUCAUCCGCUCCAACAUUUUAUGUGCAUAUAUGGAAGCGAACCGUUGCAUGCUGAGAGUCAGGUCGUCGCUUUUCGCAACUCAUGGUCCCUCUGGUGUAGGUAAUACGAUUGGAGGUGACUCAAUAGUUGGGGCAAACUGUACCAUUUUAGAAAAGGGUAGCAUAAAAUUGUCCGUCGUGGGAAACAACUGUCGAAUCGGCAAGCGUUGCCGUAUCGUCGGUUCAGUAAUCCUCGACAACGUCGAAAUUGAAGACGAAUGUGUUCUUGAAAACGUUAUAGUUGGAAGCUUCUCAAAAGUGGGGAAGAAAUCCAAGCUCACAAAUUCUUAUGUUGAGGGAUCCUACGUUGUGGCAGCAAAAACUGUCGUCAAAGGUGAAACUUUGACGCACAUCUACCUCGAAGAAAGUGAUCAAGGCUCGAGUACCACGGAAUCUUCAGAUGACGAUGAAGACUCGGAUGGUUAUGCUGAAGAUUACUACGAUGAAGAGUUUGAAGACGAUGGCCUUUUCGAGCGUUGA